AAAUAUUUGUUGACAUUUUAUUUUGCUGAUACAUACAUAAGCGAUCGCGAAAUCUUUGGACCGCAGAUGCAGAGGAGGUAUUUGUGAUGUUGUGGCAACAAAAAGUGGAUGACUUGAGGGGGCCCAGAAAAAACAGCCAUGUCUAUCAGGAGAUGGCGGCAGAAAUGCAGAUGCAAGAAUAUGAUGUCAAUUCCUCAUCUGUAAAAAUUAAGAUUGACAAUUUGACGGCAGAAUAUAGGAUAGGCCAAGGCAGGUAUGCUUCUUGGCAUUUAUUUGAGCAGGUGCACCAAACAAUUGGUGGCGUCUCCAACAAUAACGUGGAAGAGCUGAUAGAAGAGAGUUUUGAAGAUUCGAUGUCAUCAUCCCCGACAAAUAUCUCGUCGCUUUCUCCUUCUCUUCCCCAGCUGUCGCCAUCACCGUCGUGUUCAUCACCACUGCCGUCAGGAUCGGGAGGGACAACACUCCCCAUCAAUAUCAAGCGCAGCAACAUCUACCAGAUCUGGAAAACAAAAACAGAUGGAUCGAUUAGUGACGAUUUGUGAGGGUAUCCAAAGCAAUUUUUCGGAGGCUAUG